CGCUGGGUAUCGCCUGGCCGCCAGCUUCCUCCCGCCCGAGGCCAAGGAGCCGGGGGCGGAGGUGCAGCCGCCAAUAGUCGGGAUCCCGUCUGGCGGGGCCCCGAGAUGGGCAAGUGGGCUGGUUGCUGGCGGUCGGGGUGCACGCGAGUGUGUCUGCGGGUCUGUCUGCGUCGUGCUCCUCCGGAGGCAAGCCCUGUUUACAUGUCAGCGCGGCCGGUUUCCCUUCCCUCUUCGCUCCGUCUGUUGACCUGAUCUCGGCGCUGGAAGCGGCCCCUCCGGCAGGGACUCUUCUUUCCUGGCCUGGGACCCGGGCCCUCGGCGCCCAGGAGUGCUCCGGCCUCAGGGGACGGACUCCCGGCGCUGUCUUCUCCAAGAGGGUCCCGUGCCCCUCAGAGCCGCUUCUUACCCUCCGCUGCCCGGCACCGGUUCGGCCCGCGCCCCCCGCCCGGGUGUCAGUUGUAAUGUGCAGCAGCGGAGGAUGAUGAAGGUCUGGUUCCAAGUAAAACUUCAGGACGGUCGACUGCCCGCUCCCUCUGAAAGGGAGAAGUGGGGCCAAGAGCUGAGAGGAGGGACACCCCCUAACGUGUCUAGCCUCAGGGCGGGCCAAGGCCGGCCUUCCGACCGGGACCAAGGGGAAUGAAUGGGGCCAGGAGUCGGCUGCGCGGUGCAGCGCACAACCAAGCAGGGGUUGCCUGCAAAAUCUAUUAGGCUGGUGAGGUGGGGACUGGCAGAGCCCGCCAACCCCAGAGCCCAAAGGAAUCGACUCCUUGCUCAGGGCUGAGUAAGAGGAGGCUAAGAAUGUUGCGUUUGGAGAAUUUCAGAGAUUUUUAUCAUCUGGGUGGGGUUUAAAGAGCGUGGUUUUUAUUUUGUUUUGUUUUCUCUGCAAAGUUUGAAAUAUGCUGACUUAGGUAAAAGGCACCAACCGAAGGAACUUUAAAAUCUAGAGAUGAGAUAACUGAUUGUAAGGGAUUAAUGGGAGUCUGUGUGAGUCUGGGUCCCUCAAGCUUAAGUGUGGUGAGGAGUGGGUGAGAGAAGCUUUGGGGGAGGGAACCAUUUUACGCCUGCUUUGGGUCUCUCCUUCAUGUUGGUGUGUGCGUACAAUUCUCUGUGUCCCUGGAUUUAGUAAGAAGAUGCUCCGCUCCAGAAAACUCCCCCUUGGUCAGGACACUUACCCAGAAGGCCCACCUCCUAUCCGGAAGGGUGGUAAGAUGGCUCCAGGGUCUUGACAUCCUAAGGAGAAGUGAAGCAAUAUUUCUGCACUGCUCAGACCUCUAAGCACAGGCCCUGAGCGGAGGGAGGAAGCUGUGGGCUGUGUACCCAGGAUGUGCUAACCUCUCAGACACACACAGGGAUUGGCAUGGCGGACAGCGAGAAUAGGCUUGGACCAGGAACCUGACACUUGAUGCCUAGGAUGGAAGUGCAGGUUCUCUCUUUUCACGCGGGUGCUGGGAGCCUCCGCAUCCCUCCACUUUUGCCCUAGGAACAUUUCUUAUCUCUCGCUUGGUUACUUGGUUGUGAGAGCCUCUCAAGCUAUCUUCAGUCCCACAGUUCAGAAGGAUUGAAUCUUAGCGUAGACUUCAGCAUUUAAAUUGUGCAAAAGUCAAGUUGCCUGUGCACGUGUCACCUCUGAAUGUUGGGGUUCCCAGACUAGAGAUGGUGAUGGAGACUCUGGUGGAGGUAAGUUAGUAAUCAUGAAACAAACAGUGGGACUGACUUACCUCCACCAGAGUCUCCAUCACCAUCUCUAGUCCUCAAAUAGCCUGCUCACAUGCUCUUAGGAGAGUACUUACCUUCCUAUCCAAUAAACCCGGUACUAUAUUGAGAGAGGUCCGACUUGAAUUCCCUGUCAGAGGUCUAUAGACAGAUCUAAUUUGUGGACACAGAUUCAGAACAUGCAUCCCAGUUUGAACUGCCCUGAAAACUCAGCUCUGAGUGAUUCUGGGAUGUGGUUUGUGCACCUGCAUGUUUCAUCCUCCGAUAUAAGGCAUGUCUAUAUUUUAAAAUAUCUGUGGGUCUUAGAGCUCGGGAGGUGUUUGGUCUAAGAAGCCAGAGAAGUUUGGAUUUCUUCACAGAAGCUCUUUAUUCUGUACAUAAUUUGCACAAUUCCAUGUCUUUACAAAAUCUUAAUCUCAUUGUCCUUAUUAUGAUAAAUCCUUCUGUAUCGUGUUAUCUUCUUAUCAAGUUGGUACCACCAGAGUUGGCAGGAUCCAUUCCACUCCUCUCUGGCCACAGACAUGUUAACCUGUGAUAUGAAACAACGCCCAACUCCGCCCAUGCUCCACACAGCGAUAGUAUCAGUGUUGAAAAGCAUGUGAUACUGGCGGCUGCUUUAAGAAGUGACCUGGUUUCAAAAACUGCAUCUUAGUUCUAGGCAAGCUUCAACUGAGUCCAAUUAUUUCAUCUGUGGAUGCUCAACUCAAGCACAUAGUGCCCUCCAAAAUGGGUAAGCAAUUGUAGUGAAUGUAGUAGGGAAAUGAAUAGGCAACUCAAAGUCAGGAAAUGUGGGUUCAUUCACAGUUGUGCUACUUACUGCUAUGUGCCCUUUGGCCAGGCACGUAGCUCCCUGAGUCUUCUUCGUUUCUUCAGUUAUAACGUGGGCCUUAAAGUACCUCCUGGUCACAAGACGCAGUAAGAAUUAAAGUCUGGUACUUUCGUUGAAAAGGAGCCCUGAUGGUGCAGUGGUUGAGUGCUUGGCUGGCAGCCAAAGGUAGUUGGUUCACAGGAGAAAAGAUCUAGUGAACUACUUCAUAAAGAUUUAAGCCUAGGAAAUCCUAGGAGGCAAAGGCACACAACAACGACUUUAGUUGAAUACACUUAGUUGAAUUUCUCCUUUGACAUUGGACUUGUAGGGAUUGAUUGGCCAGAAAACUAGAUCACAGGUCUAGAUUAGCUAUAAUCCAUAUUUCAUUUAUUCGACAAGUAUUUAUCAUAUGUCUGUUAUGUUUCAAGGAGUCCCUGGGUGCUACAAACAAUUAAGUGCUCGGUUACCAAGCAAAAGGUUGGACGUUUGAGUCCAUGCAGCGGCACCUUGCAAGAAAGCCCUGGCGACUGGCUUCUGAAAGGCUACAGCCGUGAAAACUGUAUGGAGCUCAGUUCUGCCCUGACACACGUGAGGUUGUCAUGAGUUGGAAUCAUCUUGAUGGCGGCAGGUUUGGUUUUUUAUGUUCCAAGACUGUUUUCUGUAUUGAAUAACAAAAUAGGGACCAAAAGUCUUAGGUAGUUUACACUCUAGCAGAGGUGAUGGACAUAAAGAAAGAAACAAACGCAUGCCUGGUGGUGGCACAUCUUCUGAAGAACAAUAAAGCAGGUAAGGGGAAAGAAAAUGAUUGAGAUAGAUCAGGAUGGUCAGGGAAGGCAUCUCUAAGGAGGUCCCAGUUGAGCCGAGAGACAAUUAGUGAUCAUUCUUCAUCUCAGAAAAGACACAUUUACCACACAACCAUCAAUGAUGGAAGAGCAGGGAAACAGGAAAGAAAGAUUGCCCUUUCAGCUAGGCUCUGAGAACCAGGGAGGUCAAUGUGGCAGACAGGCAGGAGGGAGGUUGUUGGUGACGGGCAGCGCUGGUGCCCAUGGGAAGCGUCAGGGCAGGGUCCUGCAAGGAAGCAGAAGAAAAAAAAGAAUUUAGGCAACAAACACAUGGGAACAAAGCCUUUACUCCCGGCCUCAAAAAGAUGUCGCCUGAAAUUUGAAGAGUGAAAAUUCACCCCCCUUGCCUCCGUCCCAUCACCUAAAAUCAUAAGAAUGGAGACAAGAUGGACUCAAUCAGUUUAUCUGCCCCCAUGACCUGGCAGAAUUGCGUCCCUCAGGUUAUUUUCAAAUGCUGAAUCCUGUUUGGUUUGUGAAAAAUGUCUACAAAACAGCUUCCUUCCACUUCAACUGCUGCUCAGGCUUGUAACUUUAGAGCUUUAGAGAAUAUUUAGCUUGACAUUCUCAUUUUGUAGGUGAGGAAACUGAGGCACAGUAGAUUGUCCAAGGUCACACACUGACAGAGUCAGGGUGAGAAUUCAGGUCUCCUGAUCCUCAGGCCAUGUUCUUAUCACUAUGCCAUGAUGAUUUCAUCUAUUUUCAGUACAUUAUGGUGAAUUAUAGAAUCCUAGAAGCAGUGCACGUGUGUGUGUGUACGUGUGUGUGUGUGUAUGAAAGAGAGAGAGAAGAAAUAAAGCGAUAGAGAGAGGGCUGUUUAAAAGAACAGUCACGAACAAUCUGGCACUUCAGACUAAAGACACUUCUGUUAUUUAUUGAAAAAUGUAUUACUAUCAUCUUGAAUUCUUCCCAUACUAAACACAGGUAAUUCCAAACUUCCAGGAAGGAUUUUUACACAACUGUCUCCCAAAACAAAUCCUUUUUUUCCUGUCAACAAAGAAAAUCAGAUUUUUUAUACCAGAAGACGUGAUAAUAUUUCCCUUAAAUAACCAACGGGCCCCACUAUAGGCCGUAAGUAGGUAGGCUGAAUUCCUAUGUCAACUCUUUUAUUAAUUUAAUAUUUGCCUAUUUAAAUAAAAUGUAAUCAGAUGCACUGGAACACAUUUUUCAGACUGUGUAUCAAGUAGAUCCUAAAUGACAGCAGCAUCAAAUAAGAGUCAAGAUUUCUACAUCACCUUCUAUUUGGGGUUGACCAGUUAGCUUGGCAUGGGUUUAAAAAUGUGGUUGAUUUAAACCAUGCCUAUUUUUUUAUUUUCUAGAAAUAUGGCAUUAAUCUAAUGUGAGAACUUAGCUGCCCCCAGCAAAAGAAGUUGAGAAACUUUCUAUGAUGCUGAGCCACCAGCAGAAUUUCUAGUGGGUUUGGACGUUUAUACACCCUCAACUUCCAGAAAAUAUGCUUAAAUUGUAAAUCAGCACACAGGCCAUAGGCAAAGUCCUAGUCUUCCCUGGGAGUAGUCUGAUUCUGUCUGAAGCUUAGUAUAACGUUUUCAGGCUAGGCCCAACUGUCUAGAGUUACCAUUUGACUGACUUAGAGUCUGGAAUGGAAAAAUCCACUAUUUCCUAUCAAUUUAGACAACCACUUGCAUUGUGUAGGUAUAGAAUAACGUUUUUGUUUUGUUUUGAACAGCAAGACUUUUUUUUUUUUUUUGGAUUGUACCCAAAACUAGGAGCCCUGGUGGUGCAGUGGUUAAUGCAUUCACCUGUUAACCAAAAGGCUGGUGGUUCAAAACCCACCAACAUCCCGAGAGAGAUGUGGCAGUUUGCUUCCAAAAAGAUUUACAGCCUUGGAAACCCUAUGGGGCAGUUCUGCUCUGUCCUGUAGGGUCACUGUAAGUAGAAAUUGACUUGACAGCAGUUGAGUUUGGGUUUUCGGGGGUACCAGAAUAGUCUUUCUCAGUUUAUCCUUUGCCUGGUGUUUUGUGGCAAAUUGACUAGGCGAAAGGACGUUGGCCAUUAUGUGUGUACAUAGACACAACCAAUCUCACAAAACCUUCAACUUGCCAUAAUAACUUUUUUAGUAACCUCAGAGCUAUGCAGGUGUCUUUUCUUCUGCAGAAGACCACACCCUGUUUCACUUUCUGUUGCUUUAAUGACUUAGUAUCUGUAGUGCUCAUCCCAUCCAUGUAUUAACUCACCGAUGGCGCGGUAUUACUAAGUGAUGUCACUCUUCAUAUGUUACAGUUCUGCUACUGAUCUGUUUGAUCCACCAUCAGUAGCCCAUGCACGUUGAGAUGUUUCCCCAGAGACAAUGGAUGGGGUUUCUCUAUCCUCAUGCUGUCACCUUUAGCGCCGGCAUCUCAGAAGUUUGUCAGAAUUAGAUGCACGGUCUACAGAAUAACUUUCUCUGUGCCAAGCUAACUGACCUUACCGGGAUCUAUAUAUAACCCUAGCCUCGCUGGCCUCAUAAACUGACCGUUAUGCAGGGACUGAACUAGGUGACUGUGUCCUGUGAAGACACGCAAGGGGACAGAAGGGCUGCUGCCCUGGUGACCUAGCAGGAGGAUAACCAGGUGUGUGCACCGCAGAAUGCAUUAAGUGUGAUGAUAGCCCUGAGGAAGGAGAGAUUUCAAUUAAGAGGCAGAGAGCGGUCUAAUAAUAGUAGUUAUUUGUCUAAUUCUUUCAUGUACACUGUUGCAUUGAAUCCUCACAACAGUUCUAUGCGAGGUAGCAUCAUCACAUGCCCGUUUUGUACAGAGGAAAUUAAAGUUCAGAGUGGUUCAGUAACUUGCCCAAGAUUACAGGUAAUGGGUGACAGAGCCAGGUUUCCAGCCUUUCGCUUUUCCUGCACGUAUCAGCCACACUGCCUCUUGGUGCAGGUGGAUCCGUAUCCAGACCUUGAAGGAUGGGAAGGACUUUUGCAAAGGAAGAUCCGGUGUCGAAGGGCUUUCAGGAAAGUGGAUUAGUUUUGGGGAGGGUGCAUCUGGAGGAGAAGGUAAAAGUGGGGAGACUGGAUGGGAUUAGAUUAUGGAGGACCUUGUUGUUGUCUUGUGCCAUUGAGUCCAUACAGACUCACACAACCCCAUGUGUUACAGAGUAGAAUUGCCCCAUAGGGUUUUCUUGGUGGUAAUGUUAACGGAAUCAGAUCACCAGGCCUUUCUUCUGUGGUGCCAAUGGAUGGGUUCAAGCUGCCAACAUUUUGAUUACCGGCUAAGCUCAAACUGCUUGUGUCACCCAGAGAAUUUAAAUACCAUAAAAGAGUUUGGGUUUUAUAAAAUAUAUAGGAAGGAGGGGUGAGAAGUUUUUGAAUUGAGGGAUGAUCUACAUAGCUAUGGGAAUCUGUUAUGGACUGAAUCCUUCCUAUUCUCACCCCACUUCGCAGGAAAUGGAGAUGGGAGUGGUCCCAUCACUUCUGGGAGGCCACACAAGUGAGCGACAGUCAGGAUUAGAGGCAGAAAAUUUUGACAACCAGUGAUAUGUCCAGGCAACGAGACCACGCUACCAGCUGUCUUUAAAGAAAUAUGUAUAUUAAAUGCAGAGUCGGGGUGGGAGGGAGAAACCCUCAUUUAAUCAGAUCUCAUAAAAAUGUGUUUAUCCUUUUUCCUCCCUUAAAUGUGGCUUCUCCGUCAGGGUUCUGGGGAUUUCACAGCAAGUCGUUCAAUUGGCACAUCUAUCCUGGGCUACAAUUUUAGUUCCUUUUAGAAUGAGUCAGCAGAUAGUAAUUGAGAAGAGACAAAAAGGAAAGGUUGUUUCCCUGAAACUCAAAUCAUAUUUCUAUGGAAAUUCAGAGGAGUCUCGUCGUAUUCUUUCAGGAACUGAUCGUCAGUUGGAAAUAUUGACAAUUUACCCAAGCAAACCAAAGUCUCUAAGAGUUAUCUCCUGCGUUGCAGGUAGGACCAGAGAGUGAGUGUUCAGAUGCAUUUUCAGAUAAUUCAGACCAACUGCAGAUCAGCUUUUAAAUUGUUCAUAAAUUCCAAAAUGAACCAAAACACCAGCGUAUUUGAAAAUUUCCCCCCCCCCUUUGGGGGAAUAAUGCAUCUGCCAUAGAGUUCAUGGUCCAAAUUCCAGAGUAUGAAUUUUGUCUAACCACUCCAAAGAGAAUUCAGGCUCAAAAACUGAAAUUCACUCCCAAUUACCCAACCAGUGCUAUGCAUCCAAGGCAGUGAAAGGCCUACUGUCACAUCUUACUGCCCGCCCGCGAGAGGCCAGGAUUACAGGUGCCGUGGGAGCCUUAACCAUGAGUUUCUAGACAUGCAUGGGGUUCAGCUAGACACCCAGCAUUCCAGUAGCACAGUUGUUGGGUCUGACCAUCUGGGUGUGCAUUGACUUCAUGUGUGAAGGAGUCUGUGUGUGAGUGAUUUUGUGGUAUCUCUCAUGUAGCAGGAAUAUGAAAACAGACAGGUGAAUUUAUAGGGAAUUACUCAGUUUGAGAGUCAUCUUUAAUACCGUUAGAAUCUAUAUACCUUCUUAUGUUUAGAUGGAAGCCCUUAGUCUUGCAGUCAUCUUGUCUUUAGGCAUUUGUGGCUUUAUGCAUUCAUUCACCAAACAGUUGAAUAACACUGCCCUGCACAGUGCUCAACAGAACUCCAUGUAACUGAACAAAAACAAAAUGCCUCAGUGAUGCCUUCCAGACUGCUAGGGAGCAGAGGUUUCCCUGCUUUCUGAUUUUAAGCUCUAACUUUUGGAGAUUCCAAAAUAAGCAAUACUCAUUAGGGGGAUCUUUAUUUGUGGCUUCUUGGUAAAAGCAAGUUUGGAUUCAUUAUUGCAAAGGUGACAGCCAGCUCAUAACUUCCAUGGCUGCUUUGCUCUUGGUACUACUGCUCUAUGGUGGAGACAUUUUCUGAAAACUGGGACUUCAGCCAAGAAAACUCCUUCUCCCUCUUAUUCUCCCUUUCUCAGCUUUUUGCAUAUUAACAUGAGAGAAAAAUACCGUAAAUAAAGUGAAAAGAUAAAUGAGAAACUGAGAAAGCGUAUUUCUCAUACAUAAGACAAAGGGCAAAAUGCCUUACACAUACAAAGACCGCUUACAAAGCAAUAAGAAAAAUAGCAAAUACUAUGAACAGGCAAUCAUAGAAAAAGAAACACAGAGGGCAGCCAAUAAACAUGUGAAAAGAAUCUCAACUUCCUGGGUAGAGACAUUCAGGUGAAAAUAAUGAAAUUCCAACGUGUAUCACCUAUGAGGCUGGCAAGGGUUAAAGCAGUUUCCUGAAGCCUCAUGUUAGAAACGGUGAGAGGAAAUGUCACCGUCUUACCCUAUUAGAAGUGGGAAUGUUACUUGGUAUAAUCUUUCUGGAGGGCAAUUCGGUAAAUAUCUAAUGAGAUAUUAAAUAUUUAUACAAAUUUGAUAAUCAUUCCAACUCUAAGAAUUUAAUCUUACAGAUAUACACAGACACACUAAAGAUAAACAUAAAAGAUGUUUACUGCAGCAUUGUUUAUAAUGGCAAAAAAAAAAAGGAAAUUACCUAAAUGCUCAUCAACAGUGGACUAGCUACACAAGUUACGGAAAAGUCGUUUAAGAAAAUGCCGUGUAACUGUUAAAUGGAAUAAAGUCAGUUAUAUAAACUGAUUUAGAAAGUUCUCCAAGGUAUAUUACCACAUGGGGAAAAAAAACUUCCAAAAUGUGUGGUCUCAUUUAUGUAAAAGAAAUUGAAAACAUACCCAAAUAUGUGAUUCCUUAUGCAUAAAUAACAUCUGGAAGGACAAAUAAACGCUUAGCAGUGGCUACCUCUGGGCAGGGAGAAGGAGACUUUUAUUUUUCACACUAGAAACUUCUGUAGUGUUCAAUUGUUUAAAAUCAUUUGUAUAUAUUGCUUUUAUAAUAAAAAAAACUGAUAGAAAAAAUCAAAAGCAGUAAACUUUUAAAAAGUCUGAUGGGCACCAUUUUUCUGCCCCAAAUGUGUUGAUUUCAGAGAUUUUUGAGUCUCAUUCUGGAGUAAAUACAGGGAGAAGUAGUCUAGGAUCUGAAUUCUAGUCCCAGCUCUAUCCCAAACUAGCUGUGAGAUCUUAGGCAACUCGCUUCACUCCUUCAGCCUUCCUGUAUGUAAGGUUCUCUCAGGUAUGAAAUGAAGGUAUGACUUUACAAUUUCCUUUCAGCUCUUGCCUUUGUAUAACUGAAGUCCUGGGCAGGCUUCAAGAAUGUUUCUUACUUUGGGGCGCGGGUGGCUGAAGCUCCUGUGGACGUUCUAGCAGAGCUCACAUACUCUUCCUCAACCACGGGACUGAGUUUCGUUUUGGGGAGUGGCAGUCGAGGCCACUUGAAGGCUGGGGCUCCUAGGAGGUGCUCUGUGAAUUUCCGUGAGCUGGUCGUUGUUAUUGCCAGGUGACACUGGCACUGUGAUAAUCUUUUUGCAUUAAUGUAAACUAAGAAUAGGGCCUGACUCUGCUUUGGGGUCUUAGACUCUUUUCCAAAAUUUUGUCUCAUUUAAAGCCCACAGCACAUUCGGCCUUAUAGGCUUUCCCACUUGACUUUUUAAAAAACCUGUUUAAUAGGAGGGAAAUUGAAUUCGUCUGGUUUUAAUUCAUUUACACUUAGCCCUUCAAAAAAAAAAACAAACCAUAAAAUAACAAAAAGCAGUAUUUUGAGGACUUAUUUGAUGUCCAAGAAAAAUUUUGAGCCUUGUAAUGAGUUUUCUGGAAGGCUUUUUUUCUUCUUCUUCUUCAAACAGGAAGUGGUACCGCACUAUGGGCAAACACACUCAACCCCAAAAGGCCCCAAUUCAGUGUGAAACUAUAUCACCCACCAUUUUUCACGAGCCCCAAUGGCCCCAGCUAAGACCUUUCUUCUCCUGGUACUUACCUAAAGCAAGAGAGUCAUGCGCCUCCCACCUAAGGGGGAAUAACAAUGAGGAAGAGCAAUCAAAAUAGUAGGAAAAAGAAUAAGCUAUUUAUCCAGCUCUGUGUGCCAAUAUAUAUUCUAACCUUUAUAGACACAAUCACAUUUGAUCUUUAACAACCCGAGAAAGGUACUAAAAUCUCCAUUUUGAAGAUGUGGGAUAACUUACCUAAGAUCUAUGGCUAGAAUUUUUUUAACUCUAGUUGCCUCCAAAGUUCAUAGAGCUUGUCGUUGUUGGUCGUCAACUCGUAGCAACCCCAUGCACAACAGGAUGGGACCAUUGUAACCCAUAGGGUUUUCAUUGGCUGAUUUUCAGAAAUAGAUCAACAGGCCUUUCUUUCUAGUCUGUUUUAGUCUGGAAGCUCUGCUGAAAACUGGUCAGCGUCAUAGCAACAUGCCAGCCUCCACUAACUGAUGAGUGGCGGCUGUACUACAUGAAGUGCAUUGGCCUGGAAUCAAACCCAGGUCUCUGGCAUGGAAGGUGAGAAUUCUACCACUGAACCAUCAAUGAUCUCUUUCAUAGAGUUUAGCUGCAGUGACACGUUGCCAGAUUGACAUGCACAUCCACAUAGUUUAGGCUCCAAACUUAACCUACCUAUUGAGAACUACAUGGGUUCCAUUGCUGUUGUUUGUUCUUUUAGUCUGGUCAGAUUUUGUUUUGCCCUUUGGUCUGGUCAGAUUUAUUAAAUUACUCCCUUCUCUGCUGUCCUUUUCUCAAGAAGGCCUAAGCACUGUAUUUCCCAGGUAAGAGAACCUGCCUGCCUUUGUUAGCAGGUAUACUAGCGAGUAGCAAGGCAGGGUAAAAUCAAUGGGUUCUGUUUUACCUAAAUGAGCUAAAGUGGUAAUGUAUUAAAAAAAAAAAAAAAUUCUGUAGCUCAGUAGAGACGAGCAUGUUUUUUGACCAUGCUUUCUCCUCUGUCCUUCUACCUCUUCUGUCUUUUUCUCUCUUGCUCUAACUCUUGCUCUCUUUUUCAUUCUCUUUCACCCAGAUACACGCACAACUACACACACUUAAAGAAAAAAACAGAUUUGGGAGGUUAUGAAAAACCCAAAGAAGGGAAUGUUUUGCAAGGUUAAAAGGAAAUUGUAGAGAAAGUCUAGCUUUGGGCUCCAGCUUCUCCUCAAUAGCAUUUCUUGUUAUUUCAAGGUUGAUUGACUCGUAACUGCAUCCAAAGCCACCUCACAUCAGUUCCUUUAUCAGCACAAGUGAGACUUCCUGUGGACUGGCCCAGCUUCCUGAUAGAUUUCCUUUUUCCUUUGGCAGAACAAAGAAAACCAUAGCUCCAAGGAUCCUUGGGACAAAACAUAAUUUAGCACCGAAGAACCUAUUAUUUAAAAUUUUUCAUUCUCCACGCGUAGGGGCUAGUGCCUGCCUUUGCAUAUUCUCGGUGCGUUCUGUACAUCAUCGUGGUGAACGCCACAUGCAGUUAUCAGGGGUCAAUGAGCUACUUGAACCCAUCCUGGCGAUGGUUUGAUUUCAUUCAAGGGAGGAAAAUGAACCCAUUCUCCCCUCUAACACUGUGUGAGCGCCCCCUGCCCCGUACACACAUGCACUUUAAGACCUACAUGGACCACCUCUCUCUAUAGGUUUUACUCUUUCAUUACUCACAUUCAGCAUAACAGGUCAUCAAAGGAACCCUCUUAUUUAGAGGUUUCAACCUAACUGUGUUUGAGGUUCUAAGUAAAAACAUACUUACAAGAAAAUAAUUUCAAAAUGCAUCUUAAGUCUCAUCCAAGUCAAUUGAAGAAGAAAACUCAGAAAUUGGAGCAACUGUGGCUUUCCUCUUUUGCCUGGAGUGCCCAUUUCACCCCUUAUCUCUAGGCCUUGCUACCUACUUUACACGUGAUUACUGAACGCCCUUUAGCUAUAACCAAGUUAACCAAAGAGCAUUAUUAAAUAAACUGCAUUUCUUUCUGUCACAUCUCCCGAAGCAACUCUCACACCUUGCUGAAUUGUAUUCCUUCCCACUACUCAUAGGAAGUAAAAGACCAUUGCAUGGAAGAAUAACUGAGUUAUGGAGACUAAAAUUAGCUGUGUCCAAAGAUGAGAACUGGGCAGCAGACUCUGGAAGACACUGAAAGCAGAACUCAGACAUUCUGCAAUAACUGUGUUGCCUGGAACAAAGACAUCAAGGCUCAUUGAACCCACAGGCACUCAGGUCUUUUUUGUUCAUUGCUCCUAUUUCCUGACCGUUGUCAUCAUACUCCUGGGAAAUUGCAGAUGGCACUUUCCAUGGGAGCCAUCUAGGCUGUUAAGCAAUUAUGUAGGCACCCAAAUAUUACUAAAAACCAGAUGAAACUCGUUGCCGUUGUAUCGAUUCCAACUCAUAGUGACCCUAUAGGACAGAGUAGAACUGCCUCAUAGUGUUUCCAAGGCUGUAAUCUCUAUGGAAGCAGACUGCCACAUCUUUCUCCUGUGGAGCGGCUGGUGGGUUUGAACCGCCAACCUUUCGGUUAGCAGCUGAGUUCUUAACCACUGUGCUACCAGGGCCCCUAAAUGUUAUGGAGUGCCUUUUUCCCUUUACAACCAUCACUGAUAUGGACUGGAAAAGAAUUGAAGCUGCAGUGUAACUCCCCUGGCAAGAGGCGUCGAUAAGGGAAGAGGGCCCAGUUCCUUCAUAUUCAUGUCUCCCAGUGCCACCCUCAACAUGAUCAUCUGUAGAGGAAAAUGGGUUAAAGGGCAUUCUCGAAGCGGAAAAUAACUCAGAAACUGUGUGGCACGAGAGGAGUGUGAGAGUGGGCGUGGGCGUGAUUAGGGAUGUUCAGUUUCUGCACAACUCGCUUUGGUGACGCCGAGGGUUAGAAUGACUGCACCUGUAUGCAUGAGUAGCAGAUCCUUCCGAGCACUGGACAACCCCAGCACUGCUCUCUGCCACCAGUUCUGUAACCGGGCCAGUGACGAGCCUGGAAUCCUAGAGCCUAGGUCCAUGCGCUAUCUCAUGCUAUCUCCCAGCCCUGAAAUCAGUGCCUAUGGAGAACUGACCUUAGCCUCCUCCAUAGUAAGAGCAUAUUGGGUCAAAGGGCACAGGUCAUUUUGCUCAAAUAGGGCCUUUGGUGCAACAUCAGAUUUCCCUAGGUCAGGACUGGAGGACCACCUCUAGGGAGUGAAGACAGAGUUACAUGAACAGUACUUUCUGCACUAUUCUAGAAAGGGGAGGGGAGCCAGAGCAGACUGCUUUUCUGGAAAUGUCAUUUCAGAAGACUGGCAUGUGGAAGAUUUUCCCAGGUGCCUUGGGGAAGGCAUACAGGCCUGUGGGUUGGAUGUUCUGGACAGUAGAACCUCUACGUUAUUCCUUCUGGAAAUUUGUGCAUCACCAUAUACUUACCGGGUCUGUAGUGUGGUCAGUGAAUACCAUGGUUGCCCUUCCCUGCCUACCCAGAGUUUGCCCUCAGAAGGUCAUGUGUACAAACCAUGACUGGGCAGUGGGGCUGGGUUUGGAGCUCAUAAGAAUUAAUGAUUUCUUUCCAUCAGUUUGGGCUGGGUAUGACCCAAACUCCCUUUUGCCCAGAGCAUGCUUUUUUUUUUUUUUUUUAAUUUUUAAGCCCUGUACGUAUUUCAUGGGAAAUUUCACACGCCUGUUUCUGAUUCAAUUCCAAUUAAAGGCUCAGUGUUGGUUUUGUAAGAGCCCUUUGAUGAUUCAGAUCCUUGUUAGUUCAUAACUUUUUUUUUCCUUCUAAAGUCCACAGAAAUUUAAUAAAUGUUGCUCAGACAUUUGCAUGCUUAAUUGUUAAAAAUAAUUGGAAACAGGAGAGAAUAUUUCACCAGAGUGCACAAAACAAGCAAGUUUACAAGGGAAAGGAGAGAAAUGCCUCCACGAAGGUGAACUUCUGUGGGAAAAUAAAAGUAUCUCUGGAGCUGGACACCUUGUUGUUCCCAUCACUGGGUGGGGCUGGGAAGGAAGGGGUCGUUCCAGGUCCUCUGGAGGGGUGAGGACAGUGCUACAUGAAAUAUAAAGGUCCUCUUAGUGAAGCCGGUCACCACCAACAAGCUGUCUGUUGGGCGGUCAGUCUCAUCAGAGGUGGAAGAGGUGGACUGGCAUUUUCCAGAUGCUAAUACUGCUUCCAACUCCUGAUGGAAGGCAGCUGUCUGCAUUUAUGGCAGGUCACAUUCUCCAGUCCUCUUUAUCACUCAAAAGUUUGGGGGAUGAACCCGUCUGGGUACACCUCUGAAGUAAAUGCAGAGGAGACUGACAGAGCAGACUCACCGCCUCCGAGAGUUCCCGUGUUGUAGGUAUCUGUCCGUUCCUUGAGCAAUCUGAGUUCUGCUCCCGAGUUUGCCGUAGGCUGGCUGGGUGACGCUGGGCAAGCUACUCUCUCUUUCUUAACCUCAGCUUCUCCAUUCGUCCCAAGGGAUUAGGACUAACAGUAGAAUCCCCUUCUCCAUGGAUUUGGUAAAAUAUGGAAAACUGAGACGCUUUGGGUUUCUUGCAGAAAAAAAAAAUUAUUUAGUACAAUUUGUCUCAUAUUGGAUGGCUCAUUAUAUUGUUGCCCUUGUUACCAAUUAUAAAGGGGCAACUUUUCAGCUUCUGACUCUUAUUGGACUUUUUUCUAAGGAGAGAGCACCCUUCCGUCUUUGUUAGAAGGGACAGGCUAGCAGUAUUCCGUCAGGCAAAGUGUCAGAAUGUAGCUCUGUGUGCUCAUGUGGUAAUUUGUGCUGUGUGCCUUGUGGUGCUUCUUGUAUAAGAAAGGUGACACAAAUAUUUAUUAAGUCCAGCAGUGGGGUGGCUGGAGUGCAUUGCCAGAUUUUUCUAACUGUGGGAGAAUGAUUCAGUAAAAGCCAAAUGUAGCUUCAAGUUCAAAGCCCACUUAGCUGUGUGAUCGUGGGCCAGAUAUGAACCUCUCACAUCUUAUUUCUUAUCUGUAAAACAAGAAGAGUAAUAAUAAAUAAUGCUACGUUUUUCACUGGCCUUACUAAUUAUACGAAUUAGAAAGAAUAUGGAAGUAAAAGCGCGUUUGUCAUUGUAAAGCGCCCUACAAACGUUGGUUACUGUUAGUUGAUAUUACUAUCCAGGUCAGUGCUUACACAUAACAGGUAAUAAAUGUUUCUUAAACUGAGUCUCUUGGGUUGCUUUUUCCUAGCCUUGAUGAUUCAGAAGACGUUUGGUUAAAUUCAUUGGUUAGCAAUUUAUUCAUAUCUGCUUGCCCAUAUAGACACCAGCCCCCCUGAAUGUGCCAGUACAGAUCAAACACCCCCUAUUCCUCCUUUCCCUCCCUCGUAUCCGGCCAUUGUUCUAGUCGUGAAACUCCCAUCCCAAUCAAUGGGGGUUUUACGUAAAAACUGAUGGCAGGAUAUGAGUGUGGCUUCAGGAAUUUUAGGCUGUGCUGCUGAUAAAAAGACUUGUGUCAAACAGAAAACACCGGAGAAACAAAUCCUCCUGUCCAACUUAUGCUACCCAACUCCAUUUUUUUUUUUUAAAGUUUACCUCUGCCUUUAAAUGUAGAUAGAAUAUAAGACAUAGAUCUUUUGCAGCAUUUCCCUAUGAAUAGCUUAUAAAUGCCCAUCUGGUGGGCCAAGGGCUUACUAGCUGCCUGUGCCACCUCAUCCAUUGUCUCCUUACUGUCCUUGUAAUGAUGGAUUAAGGGAACACAGGGCCAGCCCUGAUGACGGGUAACUCAGAAAGGAGCUAACAUUCCAGUCCCUCUAUACUCCUCUUUGACCAUCCCUUUCCAAAAAGAGGAGUUUCUCAGUCUAGGAGGGAUAGUAGAACUGAGCUUCUCUGAUCAAGGGAUGUGAACUUGUUUAGGUUGUGAUGGGUCUGUCUUAAGCAUACCAAAAAAAAAAAAAAAAAAAGCAUUGUCAUCAAGUCGAUUCUGACUCAUAGGAACUUUAUAGGACAGAUAGAACUGCCCAAUAGCGUUUCCAAGGUAUGGCUGGUGGAUUUGAACUGCCUACCUUUUGGUUAGAAGCUGAGUCCUUAAACAUAGGUUUAACUCACUAAAGCGUAAAUAAAGGGACAACAGAGUGAAAGAAGCAAUUUGCCUUGAAGGUGGUCCUCUGCUGGUGUUGAAGUCAAGAAUAUUGGUGGCUCUUCUCUCAGUAAGACCAAGCAAGGCAAGCUGAGUCUUGAUUCUCAUCAUUCAUCAACAUUUUGGAAAGACUGUAUCUCUGUCUCCCAUGGGACACUAAGCAACAAAUAUGAUUAUGUGACCAGAAGGGAAGAGAAUGGGGAGAACAUUUGCCCAUAUUCCACCCACACUGAAGUAGGUAAACAAUGAAGCAAUGAAGAAGGGAAAUCAAGUUGACUGUUUUCAUUUUAAAGCGCUUAUCCAGACGUUUAGGAUUAAGGGUAAGAGUCUUUUUCCUGGACAGCAGAAUUAGAGGUCCAAAGUGUAUGGGGCUGGAUUUCAAGGUGCUCAGACACUGAUAUGUAUGUCCUAAGGACCACAAUCUAGCUAAGAUCGGUCCUACUGCUUCUUUCCCCACGAAAACAAGUGGCCCCCAAGACCUUGAUGCUGUAUUCAAGGAGUAUUAUGUUUUCCUACACCAAAACUGCAGGGUGAAGGUAGAGAUUAGGGAGCAUCUCAGAUAUGUAUUUCAGAUUAUAAAGAGAAUCUCACAUAAUGGAAGAGAAUGAAGCUGUGUAGGAAACUCAUGUCUUUGACGGCGAUGUCUACUCUCGCGAGAUUGUAUAAAGGCUCUGUUCAAACUUAUCAUCCUACCAUCUUAACUACGUCCCAUGUCUUGCCCAAACACUUUCAGAUCUGGAACUAGUUAAUGUAACACUUUCUAAUUUUUUUCAAGUAACUUUAAACUUCUGGUUUUGAAUUUCGUUUGAGUACAAGGGAAUGAUAAUAUUUUCUUGGCUGUAGAAGGCUUAAAUGUCUUUUAAAGGCUUCGAUGUAUAGAAAUGAGAGAUAACUCCUCUUGCAAAAUUUUUAGGGUAAGAGAUUUGGGAAAUUUUAUCAGUACUUUUCAACCUCUUUAGCCUUAUCUCGAAGGCCAAAGAAAGAAAAAGAUUAAGAAAAUUGUCUUUACCAGAAUUGUCUGAUAGAACUUUCUGUGAGGAUUGAAUGUCCUGUUCUGCACUGUCCAAUAUGACAGCUGCUAGCCUAGGUGUUCAGGUGGUCACGGAGCACUUGAAAGUGGCUAGUGCAACAGGAGGACUGCAUAUUUAAUUUAAUUUAAUUUAAUUUUAAAUUAAAUACCCACACGCGGCCAGCGGUUACCUAUAUUGGACAGCGCAAGUGUAUAUAAUUCAGGUCAAAUACACUGUCUUAAACUCUGAAUUCAGCCAGAAGGGUGUUUACGUGGAUUAUCUUUAUCCGAGUCAACAAUGUGUUAUCCACAUGUAGACUGAUGUUUCCGCUUACUCUUAAGACUAACAUUAAAGCAAAACGAAACAGAAAAGUGAGUUCCAGCAUUGCCCAGUUACUACCCAUAUUCCUCAUUUUCUAUAAUUUUACAGUCCAGUCUGGGGAUGCCUCUUGGGGCUGAAGUUAAGGUUACGGUCUAGUCUUCUGGUUUCAUCGCCGUUCUGUGCUGCCCUUUGGGAAUGUAAUGCCUUCUUUUCCCUCCUAUAAAAUGGGGCCUUUUGGAAUUUAUCACAGGGUGCUUACAAAUCAUGACUGAAUGUAUAUUGGGCUUGUCGGAGAAAGGUGUUCGCCUUCUCACUGCUCUAUACUUUUUCACUGAAAAAUAACCUUGCCCAACAAGAGCUCCUAUCCACAUUGGUGAUUUCAGUUUUCUCAUCUGUAAAUUACAGCACUAUACUAAAUGAUUUUCUAGGGUGAGUUUCUGCUCUGAUGAUCUAUGCCACCAUGAUGGCAUUAUCCCCUAUUACGUAGAACUCUGUGCUAUUAACAGAUGGUUUGCUUUGCUGUAACUUUCUGUACUAUAGGUUUUUUUAUAUAACCCUGUAACUCACCGUAGGAAGAUUUUUCCUUAAGUGUAAGUGGGAACAAAGCAACUUAACUGAGCAAAUAACUACCUAAAGUGUGGUCUUUGAGACACAAUUUCUCCCCGGUGAGUGUUCCCUAGGUUUGUAUUGUUCAGUUACAAACAUCCAUAUCCUGAUAUCCCCAAGCCAUGAAGCAGUUUCUCUCUUUCUGUAAUGUCCCUCACCCACGGAUAACAGGAAUAUAUGACCUGGCGCACGUGCUAUGGCUUUGGAAUUCCCAGAAGGACUAAAUAUCCCCUCCUCUUCCAGGGGAAGUCUGACUUCAUGACCAAGGUCUCUAAGGAGCAAGUCAGUUGUGGCUCCUGCUUCGGAAGUCUUCAGGUGACCUCGUUGUGGAGGUCAGUUCCACGUCCAUGGUGAAGACUGUGUGCAUCCGCUUCUGAGUUGCAGAGGCAAUAAGGCAAAGCUCCCUGAGUCCUAUGCUCCAUAAAGGCUUUAGGGGUGAUGGGCCACCAGAGUCUGGCUUCUCACUCCCGCCUGCCUGUCAGAGAGAAUAAAACAGAGAUCAGCCCACAGGCCCCUAACGAAGCCCCCUUUAGAAUCUUCAAUAGUCUCAUCCAGAUUGCAUAUAUAGCCCAUGAUUGGGUCUGUAUUUCUGCAGCUCACACAAUUUCAAAACCCUGUCUUCAGCGGGAAACAUUCUGCCUUUUUUCUUUUCAGAUUGCAUCUGCAAUAAAGUGAGAAGUGUGUACAGAAUACAACUCUGUGAAUGUGAUGGUUCGGUUAUUCCUCUUAGAUGGUUUGAAGCAUCUAGGUGUUGGGUUCUACUGUUUGCUGUGCCCCUUGAAGACAGACAUUCUGCCGGUUUGUCUUUGAGUCUUCAGCACCUGACACAGUGCCUGGCACAUAUUCUUCUAUUUGUUGAGAACCUUCUGUGUGCCAGGUGCUGGGGACACAGUGGUCAAAGAGACAGGCAUGGUCCCUACCGCGACAGCGUUACUGCCAAGAGGGACAGCAGAUCUUUAGCAAGCUGUUGUGAGCGCAAAGAGUUCUGUGAAAGAGGAAGUUCAGAGUGCCUGAGGAGAGGAUAGCAGGGGUACCUAACCUAGUCUCCAAGGUCAAAGGCUUCCUAAGGAAGUGACAUUUGGGCUGAACCCUGAGAGAUACCCCAGAGCAAUCGCGACAGAAAAUAGGUCCUCGAUAAGUCUUCGCUGAAUGAGGGAAUGAAUGGAUGAAAUGGUGCCUUCCUACAUCGCCGCCCUGUAGCAUUGCUAAAUUAAGUAUCAUAAACUUAGUCAUUCUAACCAUAGUCCCUCCAGGGAUUAUCUGGCUGACCAGAAGCCAUUUUCUUAGCCUCUCUUUUCUUCAAAAAAGGCAAGCGAAGUGUAAUGAAGACUACUGUCAGAGGACAGUUAUCUUUGAAUGUGUUAUUAGACUAGUGUUUUACUGAGUGUAUAGAAUACCGAAAGAUUGGUUACUAUGCCUUUAAUAUGCCACAUAUCCAGAAAUUCCAAGGGCAAGAUGAUUCUGGAAGGCUUCCUUUUACCUUUGAAAAUCCUGGUCUAUGAAUCCAUUUGGUCUCGGCCGGUAAAGUAAGGUAGCUCUCUGGCAAAUACGGCUCUGAGGACAUGCUCCCUGGCUUUGAUAUGAACUGCUAUCUGCCCUUCAACCAGGGCCUGGGUCCCCCCGCCCCAUGCUUCAGUUUCCUUAACUGCAAAACAGGGAGAUUCUGCCAAUGAUAACUUUACCUCGAAGUGAUGUUGUAAUAGAGAUGGUGGUAAAAGCAUUUUGCAAGAUCAAAAAAAAAGGAAAGAAUGAAAGAAAGAAAAAGCGUGUCUACUGAGCAGGUAUGCUCUCUCUACCCGGUGUUUGGUAGAAUUUCAGAGAAUAUGCUCUGAUCCACGACUUCGGAGAAGUUAAAAACUAGGAUUGGCUUGCAAGAUCUUUUCUGAAUUACUGUGCCCUUUACUUCAUUGUUACUUUAGAACAACUUUGGCAGGAGGUGUCAGGAAUCCUAAUAAUGAUGACGAUGAUGGUGUUUAUUGAGUAGCCACGGAAGAGCCAAGCACUGUGCUGAGCACAUAAAUUCAUUUCAGCACUUCAUGUGUGCCACGGCCCCAGGGAGUAUAUCAAUUCUUAUACACAUUUUACCAGUCAGAGCAACUGAGGCACAGACAAGUCACUUGCCAGAGUUAUGUGGCUAGUUGGCUCUGUCAGACACCGAAGUCAUUAUUCACUAUGUAUGUGAAAUAAUUUGUGCUAUUCAGAAUAAGACCUCAGGGCUGCUAAGUGACUCAACGUUUACAAUUAAUUAUUCCUACCCCGCAACACGGUGUUAGUUUUAGCAGAGGUUUACUUUCUGCAGUUCCUUUGGCCUUCUGGGGUUCCCCAUGUGCCUCAUUUCCUAAGUAAAUUGCUCUGCUGUUUCAAGGGAAAAAAAAUCUCUGUUCAAACCUGUGCAAAUAGAAAAUGAGUAACAUUAAAACGUGAAAGCCACAGUGAAGGCCUGGAGAAAUAGAGGGGUCAGUUCCUAUGGUGAGAAUCCACUGUGUCAGUGUACCGGGGUUGUAGAGUCUAAGCUGUGUUUUACUUAAAAAAAAAAAAAAAUAGUUGCCAUCAAGUUGAUCCUGACUAAUGGUGGUAUCAUGUGUGUUACAGUAGAACUGUGCUCCAUAGGGUCUUCAUGGCUGAUUUUACAGAAGUAGAUGGCCAGGCCUUUCUUCCAAGGCAUGUGUGGAUGGACUCAAACCUCCAAACUUUCUGUUAGCAGAUGAGCUCUUUAACCAUUUGCACCACCUAGGGAGUCCAUGUUUCAUUAACAAGAGCUUCAACAAUUUUUAGGGGUCUUUUAUGACCUCUCCUAUCCUGCAUCCCACCCCCAUUUAGUUGGGCAAUCUGGAGAGAAAAGUGACAUGUCUCCCUUCUUGAAAAAUGGGAACAAUAGGCUUUGCCUGUGCUGCUUUUAUUUCCCCACUGGGGCAUCUGAGAGAUGACCUGAUUGAAUUCUGCCUGUAAAGGUUAAGCUUUGAACUCAAGGCAGAGGGAAGAACGAAGAAAACAUUUUGCAAUGAGAUGCUAUGAGUCCUGAGGAUGCUGGGUCCUCUCCUGGCUGCAUUGUGCUCUGCUGAUAAGGAUACCAUUGAUGACAGGCGGAACAUUUUCAGGACAAAGGAAAUUCCCUGUUUUAUUGUUUAAAGGAAGCCCCAGUCCAUGCAGGAGAACAAGGCUUGGGGCACAGACACGGAUUCCCCUGCUGGUGGGAGAGAGGAGAGGGGAGAGGGAAGACUGGUGGCAGAGUGCGGAUGGAGGGCCACCAGGCCGUUUAUUAGCACGUCUGUCCCCAAUUCCAUCUGGGGAGCAUAUGCGUGGCUGGAAGUCAAUAAGAGGUCAUUGCAGCUGAUGGCAUUAGUAGGGGCUAGGAGCCAGACUGUUAGCAACGAAGGCACAUCGGUUGGGAGAGAAAAAGGCCUGAUUCAUACAAUGUGGCCCAUUUAGGGAUCAUAGCAAAGCACCAGGCGAUUUAGAGAAGUCGAUCUGGUUUUGAGUUUAAAUUCUGGACCUCCUCCUUUCCCCACCCCCUCCCAGCCAAAAUGUCAGAAAAGGCCUGGUUUCCCUUUAUGGAGUGCAAAAUAAACAGACCUUCAGCAGCAGGAGAGGGGCCCAGCUCCCAGCCCAUCAUGCCAGAGCUGGGGGUGGAGGGCCGCAGGGAAAAGCAGUUAUUCUUCUGUCUGGCUAGUCUUUGGCAUUGGCUUUCAUUUUCUCCAACCUCUGUUUUCUAGAAGCCUGCCUAUACUGGAAGUACAGGAAUGGAAGAAAAACUGAUCUUGGAGUUUCCUUGCCAGACUUCAAAGGCCUUUUGAUAGUUUGGGGAGACAUUUCCAGAAAAAAAAAAAGCUGCUUUGGGGAAUUGACCCCAGAGAGUGAGGUCCUAGCUGUUUGCCAUCUAAGCACAGGGUCCUUCUCCUGGCAGAGCUGGUGCUCUCUGGGCUCCUCGCUAGCCCACACCCAGGCUGCUCCCUCCCAGCCAGGGCUAGCGCCUGGGCAUGGGGGGUCAGCUGUGGUUAGCUUGGCCGCAGGGCUCUGCAUUCCUUCUAGCCUUUGCUUGGUUUGGGUGGGUGUGACCACGAGUUUACUCUGGAGAAAGCGGAGACAAAGCGUCUAAAUUGGGCAGGAUCUGGGAUCUAAUGACUUGUUUACAGAUCCUGCAUUUUCCAGGGCAUGGAGGAGGAAGAGGAGCAGGCAGGCACCCCUUCACCAUGGGGUCACCGUGGGUGGGAGCACAUAGUUGUCCUUCGUUCUGAGGAGGCGGAGUAACUUCAGACGCUGCAGGGCAUCUGCCCCGGCCUCAAUGGGGACACGGAUGGAGCUCAGUGUAAUUUUCCAAGGUAGGAAGGAGGCCAGUUUGGCUUCCAGGGAACCUAAGGUCCUGGGAGAGCGCCUGGCCCUCCACAUGAAAGGCCUGUUUCCUCUCACUUCAACUUAGAGUGGAGGCAGUGACCCUCUUUCCCUGCUCCAAGCACACCCCACACCAGAGCACCCAGUGAUGAGCAUGCACCUGUGACGUGGCUCAGGGAGGGGACAGAGGGUGCCCCCAGAAGGCCCUCACUGAUAGAAAAGUAGGCUCCUUAAUGUGGCAUUUAUUUAAAGACUGUUCAGUAUAAGAAAAAACAAACAAAACCAAACCUUUUGCUGUUGAGUAGAUUUUGACUUAUAGCGACCCCAUGUGUUACAGAGCAGAACUGUGCUCCAUAGGAUUUUCUUGGUUGUAAUCUUAUGGAAGCCGAUCACCAGGCCUUUCUUCUGCGGCACCAUUGGGUGGAUUCGAACUGCCAAACUUUAGCUUAGGAGUCAAGCGCAAACUGUUUGCACCACCCAGGGGCCUGCUGAAAGACUGUUAUGUGUAAGGAAUCCGUCCCAAAUAAAUGGUGUAGUAUAAAAUUUGAGGACAUAAUCUUCCAGAUUCUGGAAGUUCUUCUGGAAUUCAAGGGUACUUCCCCAAAGAGCAGUGCAGGCUGGCAGGGAGGGCAGAAAGAGCCCACAUUUAUGAGUGUGCUGGGCUCUUUAUGAACAUAGCCUUUAAGUUUCCCACCAGCCCAUGUAGGAUACAUUACUAUCACCAUUUUAUGAAAAGGAAACUGAGGCUCGGAAAGGUUGGAUAAUUUACUCAAGACUGUACAGCUGCUAAUGUGGCCUGCUACAUUGCCAUUUGUACCCCGUCUGAACAGGUUUACAGAUAAGACAGUAACCUCUGCAUGCCUGCACGCCUCCAGCUGAGAAGGGAGGCCCUAGGAUGUGGCCUGCCACCUCUCCAGGCUGCACCUCAAGAACAGAGGAGCCCAAGCUACCAUGUCCUGUGGAUCCUGGUUAUCCAAAGUCCUUCCAGAUGUUUGUAUGGGACAUCUAAGGCGGGUGCUAGGGCGGCAAUCGGUGCGUGGGGGGUGAGGAUUUCCUGGGUUCCUCCAAGCCUUUCCGAUCAGGGAAGCCUCAUCGAUAAUGGUGUCCCAGAAAAUCCCGUGUUUGGAAUGGAAAGGGUCCCAAAUUAAAGAUCACAUCGGAUACACCAAUUAACCCACUGUCCAGAAUAUGUAAAUGUCCGGGAUACUUAAAAAUAUAACGGCUAACGUUUGCCUUGUGCCUUAUCCUUAAAAAACUAUCAUGUCUGUGAACUCAUAGAUGUGUUGAGAGGGAGGGAGGACAGCCAUUAUGACUGAAAAAAGAUGCACCAUUAUGGGGUGGGCUUGGGUUCUAACCUCAGCUCCCGCUGCCAACCAGAUGUGUGACCCUGAUCAGACAUCACUUAACUUCUCCUGGCCUCAGUGUCCUCGUCUACAACACGAGGGACGUGAUCUCCAAAACUCUUCAUGUCGUGAGAGUGGAGAUGGAAACCAACUCCUGCCAGUGUCCUGAGGGGCCCCCAAAGAUGGCACCCCAAGGUGCUGCCCAGGGCGUCAGCCUGCUGUCCCCUUCCAUCCUGGCUGAAGUCUGACCAAUGGGGAGACCAGGUCUGUGGGGGAGGGAGUAGGUGGCAAGAUUUCUUUCCAUUGUUUCCUGCACCUGGAGAUAAGAAUGGAGCCAUUAUUCAGAUGACUUAUUGUUUAGAGCUUUUGUUUGUUUUGGUUUAGGUGUUUUUGUGUGUGUGUAUGAAAAGAAAUGUCCACAGUUUUCAAAUUUCAAUUGUUCCUCUCUCCUGACUGUCCCAUCUCACACCUUGCAACUGGCCAGUCACUGGAGAAAACCCCGUUAAUAGCAACAGGCUUCACACUGGAGGUGCAAAGUCGGUGAAACGGGAGAAGCAGCUGAGCAGCUGAGCUUGGACUCGGCGGAAAAUCCAGAAGUGCAGAUGUGGAUCCAAAUUGGGCUGAAAAAUCUCAUGAGAUCAGGCUUUCUUGGACUUCCUGCUUUUAGCCGAAGCAGUAUGUUCAACAUAAACGAACUUUCGGUAUUUUGAAACUUCCGUUUCUGAUCUCAGAACCUGGAAGUAAAGAGCUGUUGUGAACAUUUCCACAAAUUUUGUCAGGCUAUUCCGGAGGCCAAGUUGAACUCAGUAAUUAUGGAGCUUCGGGACUCGCUGCAACCAGGGCUGCCUGCCUGGGCUGCAGCGUCGGAGGAAGCCUGGUACUUUGGUCAAGUGUCCGGGCUUUGGAGACAGGCAGGGCUCUGUUCAAAUACCACUUCCGGUCAUGUGACUUAACCUCUUAGAGUCUCAGUUUCCUCAUCAGUUAGAUGAAGAAAAUAUACCAUUUCAUAAUUCUGUGAGGACAGAAUGAUGUGUGUGUGGGAGUGUGUGUGUAUUUAUGACAUAUAUGUAUCUGGAUGUUCACAUGUGUAUGCAUAUUUAUUUUUUAUAUAUACACAUAUAUAUAUGUACGUGUGUGUGUGUGUGUAUUUUCUAUGUUGUUGUUGUUAGCUACUAUCAAGUCAGCCCCUGACUUGUGGGGAUCCUAUGUACAACGGAACAAAACAUUGCCCAAUCCUACACCAUCUCCAUGAUCAGUUGUGGAUUGGAAAAUUAGGAUCCACAGCAUUUUCUUUGGCUGAAUUUUGGAAGUAGAUCACCAGGCCUUUCUUACUAGUUUGUCUUGGUCUGGAAGGUCCCUUGAAACCUGUUCAGCAUCAGAGCAACAUGCAAGCCUCCACUGACAGGUGGGUGGUUGUAUGCAUGAGGUGCAUUGAUCGGGAAUUGAACCUGGGUCUCCUGCAUGAAAGGCGAGAAUUCUAGCACUGAACCACCACCGCCCCAUAGUUAUUUAUGCUUUGAAUACUUUCGCAGGGGAGUCUUAGGCAGUCAGUUUCUGAUAGAGCAGGCGUUUGAAAUUCACUGAACUAUAAAAACAAACCUAAAUGGAAACCCUGGUGGCUUAGUGGUUAAGUGCUAUGGCUGCUAACCAAAGGGUCGGCAGUUCAAAUCUGCCAAGCGCUCCUCGGAAACUCUAUGGAGCAGUUCUACUCUGUCCUAUAGGGUCGCUAUGAGUCGGAGUCGACUCGACGGCACUGGGUUUCUGGGUUUAUACCUAAUUAAUUGUGGAAUGGUGCUUUAUUCAAAAAUAUAAGGAAGGCUUGGAAUUCAGAAUGGAUGAGAUUUGUGGGACUGGAAAAAUCUCACGCACUCUCGAGUGACACGUGAGACUUAAACCUGACUUGGAUGCAGAGUUACAUUUUUCUCUGCCGUUGCUCCCAGGGCUUCUCUUGCUUUCCCGGGGUGAGCUGAGAAGCAAUGCCAGGCAAGCAGGUGCCAAGGGAACCAAAGGUGCCAUUGAGCACUGCACAGUGACGGGUUGAAAUGAGCAAAAGCUGGGAACACAGGAAGCCGUGGUGUCAGGGGCAGGGGAUGGGGAGGUUGGUCAGAAGCCCACCAUAGCUGCGGGGCAACGGCGCCUGUGUGAGCCUCUGCCCUGUGUGUGGCUGCGCCUUGUCUUCUCUGCUUCUUGGCUUAUACUUUUUUAAAUUCAUUACAUGUACGGUUUAUUUAUUUUUUUUUUUUUAAGUGUUGGUUUGGUGUUUAUUUUUAGUGAUUUCCAAAGUAAUAUAUCGUCUGUGUAUUAAGUUUGGAAAAUACAGAAAAUCACAAAAGAAAUAUGCAAAAACACCCAUGGUCUCACAACCCCCAAACAACCUAUUAAUAUUUUGGUGUGUUUCCUCCCAGUCAUUUUAAUGCAAAUAUGUAGGCAUAUAUGUCUUAUUUUUAUAUAAUCAGAAUCAUAUUGUCUUCUAACCUCCUUUCAUUCUCUUAAUAUUAAAUUAUGAACUUUUUCCUGUGUCAUUGAAUAUUAUUCCACAGCACUAUCUCCAAGACAUGUUCAGUAACCCAUUCGGGGAAUGCUAAGUGCUGGCUCUUGAAUACGGUAUAUCACCUUGCCAUCCCCAGCUCCCGGGCCUUUGAAGCAAGGCUAGACUUAUUUUAUUUUUUUAUUCUGAUAUUCACUGGAGGCUUUAGAAAUGAACCUGUGUGAAAUGCUGAGAAGGCUGUGCUGAAGAAGUCACAAAGUCCCCCUUGAGUCAUCAAACCAGGGGCCUUGGGGCAGAGCCGGGCCUGCACUCACCUCCUGACGCAGCUCCGAUAGAGCUGAUCUGAUAGCACAGAGAUGCUCACAACUCUGAGUUUCCUGCAACUGACUCGGGGCCUCUUUUUGCAUAGGCUGUUUGAUUUACACGUACGUGGAAAGCAGCUACUAAUAAUAGCCAGUUGCUGCUUUUCUUCCGUUGUAAGGCUCUGCAGUUACUGCUCUUGCAGCUGUCUGUCAGUCCCAGGGCCUCAGCUAUACAGUCAGCCAGGCCCUUGUCAGAAACAGCCAGGCCUCUCUGCCUUCUCUGUGUGUGGCAGAGGUCAGUAAGGUAGCUUGCUGAGGGCCCUUUGUCUGGUGAGCAGGGACCUCUCUGCGGCAGAGACGCCCUCUGGUAUCCCCUGCCCUCCACCUCCACCCAGUCACGUUCUGCAUAGCCAACAAGUGUCUUCUUCCCCCACCCCAGCUAAUCUGAGCUAGCCUGGAGAAGCUGCAACCUCCUGGUGGCUGCUGUUGAAUCUAUGUGUAUGCCAGCCAGGCACUGAGAGGUGUGUGAGAGAGAAAUCUCUGUGAGCCCCUCAAGACCGGUAACUCUGCCAGGCUCGCUCAGAGAGUGCUAUGACUGUUAAGCCUUUCAUUGAUUCCUCCUGUGGUGGCCAUCUCAACUCACAUGGUGUCAUUUAUCUAACGAUUCAGUCAUUCACCUAGUCUUCACUUAGGUCCUCCUCUUCUGGGCUCUGUGCUAGAAGGUAGGGAUGGAAGGGAAGACAAAACAGACAGGCUCCUGCUCUCAUGAAAGAUACAAACAUUAAAAAGGGAAGCAAAUAGAAUUUAAAAAAAAAGAAGAAUUGAAGAGUCUUUAAAUUGGUUCAGUGGUAGAACUCCUGCCUUCCAUGUGGGAGACCCUGGUUCGAUUCCUGGCCAAUGCACUCAUUCACAGCCACCACCCAUCUGUCUGUGAAGCUUUGCGUGUUGCUAUGAUGCUGAACAGGUUUUAGUGGAGGACUUGGAAGAAAGGCCUGGUGAUCUGUUCCCAAAAUUCAGCCAGUGAAAACGCUAUGGAUCAUGACAGUCCCAACCUGUUGGGCGUGGGAUCUCCAUGAGUGGAGGGCCGACUCGACAGCAGCUAACAACAGCAACAACGCUCUUAGCCUAUUCCCAGCCACCCUUCACAUGGUUUAGGUUCAUAGUUCUUCCAGCCACUGAGCCGCAAAGAGAGCAUCUCUUUGUACAAGUUCAGUUAUCGAGGGGAAAGUGUGCUGGGCCCACAAAGCCCCACAGACCCUUGUGGUGAGGGAAUUCGUAAACGAGCUCAAACCUUUGGGGGCUGGGAUCUGUUUACUCUUGGCACACUGGGAUUUCCUGUUUCUAAGAAAAUGGGCUUAGAUGCUCCGCUGCAGUAACCAAACAACAUGCUGAUGUAAAUGCAUCUGAAGCCCGCCACCUCCAGUCUCCCUCAAAGGCCAGGUUUGGGAAUGAGGCAGGGAACUAAGGCAUUUGGGUGAUUUUCCAAACCCGGAAGUCCGAGCUGGAAGACUUAGGCCAGCUACUAAUUUGGGAGUCUUCUUCCCCUACCCUUCCUGCCUAAAGCUCCACUAAGUGGCUUUAAGAUCAGAGAUGCUUGGUCAUUCUGGAGUUGGGAGAGUCGGCCUGUCUGUCCACAGCUGGCCUUAGAAGUAGGCAUCCAGGUAGGUGUGGGGAUGUCCUGAAAGAUCCACCCCACCACCUGUGUCCUCCAUCCCGCAUAUCCCAUUGGCCUGAAACCCCCACCUGAGCUCUCUCCUCUGAGUGUCCAGGAGCCUCAUGUCAGAGUCCAGAAGUUUCUCCAUUACAUGAUUGGCUUUUUACUACAUGAGCUUAGCUUAGCAAAGUCCUGUGAAUAGGGAAACUGGGCACAUUUUGGGGGAAAAAGCAGAGGAGAAGAUGACCCAGAUCAAGGGAUGCUUCUAAGGGGGAGGGUACCACAGUAGGAGUUGUUUAGAAGAGGAACAGCAGGAAGGUACUUGGAAGAGCAGAGCUAGCUGGAGACGCUCAUUUGGUGACUGUAAACACCCAAAAGCAAGCUGGCCUGUUGAGCUAGAGUCUGCCCUCACACUGGGCGUUCACUGCCUGCUGGGGUGUACCUGCUCAGGCCCCAGGGAAAGCAGCUCCAUUUGCUGGGCAGAGUUCUAUACUUUUUAGCAAUAUUUGAACUAAAAAAGUAAGUACUAUGGCUUCCACAGCAAAGUGCAACUAUAUGGGUCAAAAAGAUAUAAAUUCUUGGAGAUUUAUUCCACAAGAGGAAUUACAGGACUGUUUAUUCCAAACAGUCAUUGAGGUGUUGUUAAUUAAUAUUACUCGAUCGGUAGCUAGUCAGAUCAGGCAAAGUCCCUUCAGGACAGCCCGUGGCAUGGGGAGUGGGGGUGGUCCGCGAGGUACAGAAAGGCAGCACAGGAACAUCUAACAUGAAUUUUGUAUUCUGGCCCCGUAAACAGCGCUGGGGUCCCCAGGUAGCACAAAUAGUUUGCCCUCGACUACUAACCUACAGGUUGGUGGUUCGAACCCAGUGGCGCUGUGGAAGAAAGACCUGCAAUCUGCUUCUGCAACUAUUACAGCUAAGAAAACCCUAUGGAGAGGUUCUGCUCUGUAGCACAUGGCGUCACCAUGCGUUGGAACUGACUCGACGGCAACGGGCUUGGUGUUUGGUUUGGAUGCAGCACUGGGGCCCCUGGAGGACUCCAUGGAGGAGUGCAUUGUGACCUAGGAUGUCUAAGUCUCUGGAUAACAAGGGGCCUGAGUUAACGUCCACUGCAAACGUUGGAGGCCCUCGGAGCAUGUGUGCAAGAAUGGUGCACGUAUAUUUCAGGAAUGGAAACUCAAGGACUGCAUUCCUGGCCCCCAUUUGUAUACUGAGCUCCAGGAGGUGGUCAUGUGUGCUGAUAGUGAGGGGGUGAGUGAUAACAGAGAGGGAAAGAAUGAGGAGAGAUAUACUAGGGACUUGGGAGUCCAAGGACUAGAUCCAUGGAACCCAUGCAUUCUUUCAUUAGUGGACUCUUCAAACAUUUACGGAGUACCCACUCUUUCUGGGCCUUCUGCAACUUUGAGAAUGCACCUAUGGGUAAGACAGGAUCCCUGUCCUGAUGCGUGGAAGGUCCGCUGAAGGAAAUAGGCUUAAAGGCAACCCAGGAGGUGAGGUUAGAAAACAGGUUAAGGCCUGAUCGUGAAGAACCUUUUACGCUAGGCUGUAGAGAAUUCAUGCCCUGGUGGUGCGAACGCUAAUGCACCAUGCUACUAACUGAAAAGUUGGAGGUAUAAGUCCACCCAGAGGUGCCUCUGCAGAAAUGGCCUGGUGAUCUACUUUCAAAAAAUCAGCCAUGGAAAACCCUGUGGAGCACAGUUCUACUGUGACAAUGUGAGGUCACCAUGGGUCGGAAUUGACUCCACGUCAACGGUAGCGAGAGUUUGGAUUUUAUGUGGUAGACAACAGGGAAUAUGAGAAUGUAUUUUUGUAAGAGUAUGAUGACCUAUAUACCCUUCAAUUCAGUUAACUAAGCAUUUAUGCAGUGCCUACUGCGUGCACAGCACUCACUGUGCUGAGGAGUUUCAUGGCAGAUAUAAAGAAUGUACCUCAGCCCUCAGGGACUCUCAACAAAUUUGGGGAGGGUUGUGAGUGGAGAGAAGGGAAAUAAUUUUGAGGUAAGACCCAGGUGGGUUAAGUGUUCUAGAAAAGGCACAAAAAAAAAAAAAAAAAAAGAAUGACGAAGCAGACUCCCAACAGCUCAGAUUCGUCCCUGUCCUCUAAGGUCCAAGCAAGCCUCAUCUGGAGGCCCAACCUUUUUUCAUUGCUCUGAUUUGGUAAUCUCACCAAAAUUUUUCUCAUCCCACCAGCAAAAUUGCUUCUAUUCAUCCUACAGGGAGCUAUAGGGAUAGAGUAAAAAUGUCAGCAAGUAGAUGACACACAAAAGCUACCCAAAGAAAGCUUGGUAGCUCGCUGUCCUGACAGCCGUCUGUGCUCUGCCAGGGGUGAGAGGUGGACAACUGCUCCCUCCAGGCUGUGACUCUUGGUGCUUUCUUGGUUAAGAUAAGAAUCUAUGAUUAACCGUCACAAGUGAGGGUGCAUGCCGGAGGGGAAGGGGACCUGAAUGUGAAGAGUUGGCUCCGCAGUCAGUUUAUUUCUGUCUCUGCUUCUGGCCUGAAGUCUGUGUUCAGCUAAAUACUUACGUUUGCAUACGCAAACUAACCUGGUUGGAUGGCUUGAACUUGAUCCCCACUUGACAUUUGCAAACUCAAUCAGGGUCUUCCUGUACCCCUCCCCCUUUCCCCCUCACACAUGGUCUAUGCACCCAGAGCAUUCUGGCGGUGGGCAUGUAGGAAGCCCGCAGGUCCAAUCCAGGUCCCUACACAGGUAAUCAGCCGAAAGUCGUGGCCCAUCCCAACUCACCUGUCACCCUCAGGCAGCCAGAGGCUCAGGCAUAUGAAGUACACUCCCUCAAACCACCCCAGUGCAGACCCAUGUCCCCUGAAUUCUGGGAAGCAGCCCUUAUACCAACUGCAGCAGAGAAGACAGAGCAAGGGCAAGGCCACCACACAGACCUGUUACAUGUCAUAAAUGAUUUACCAAAAGACAUAUUAUCCCUUUCCUUUACUCUCUCUCCUUCUCUCUCUUUCUCUUUUUGACUGAGUUGCCUCAGGGCUGGUGGUUUCAAAACUAGCAGCUGCAAACUUACAAAGGAAAAAAACGCAAACCACAAAAACCCAUCUUGUGAAAACUGUGUGCCAGCCUAAAAGUGGUAGGCAGUGCAGGGGGGCGCCUGUUAACCUGUCGGGAGAGCAGUGCUAGGGAGAGCGGGCUCACAGGCUGCUGUCUGGAGUUGGAGGGGGUGGUUGCUGCAUGUCCAGGGCCUGGGCAGAUAGGGGACCAGGCAGGAGACGUGUUUGGGCGGGAGGGAGAUUCUCACUAGCAGGGGAAGCCCUCUCAGGAAUGAUGGCUCUCUGAAAACAGCCUGGCUUCCCAAAUGCAAAUCAGACCUGCUGUUGCUAUCACAUUACUGGUGUCUUCUCCCAGUCCGGCCUCCACUCUAAGUCCUUUCAAAAGAUUUUGAAGCACAGCUAACAUGUAACUGUCUCCCAACACCUGCCUCAGCCCCAUCCUCCACCUCCUCCCCAGCUAAGGCCCCUUCAGACAUACUCGCCUGUGUACUCAUGCCUUUCAGAACACCACUGACUAAACAGACGCCUCCGCAGACCUAGCCUACUAGCCCCAAACUCCUACCCCAACGCUAGUUUCAACCUACAACUCAGUCUAAGAGAGUAGGAGGAACCUGGUAACAGGAGACCUAAGAGAAGACCCUCUUUGAGAGAAUUGAGCCUUGGUGUAGCCCCAAGACUAGACAAAUGACAUUCUUAGACAUGUCACUGGAUAUUAAAGCUGAAGAGGGCUCCUCCAGGGAGCUAUUUCUCCUGACCUUUUGCCUGAGCCCCACAUCAAUGACUUCUUUGGCCAGAACGAGGUGGUUACUUGAAUCAUUUGGCCAGAUACUUGGGAGAAUGUCCUCGUACUCAGUUUUGGAUGGGAACAGCAGGGCACUGAGGAGCCACAGGCAAAGACAAAGGCGGCCAAGAGGCCACUGUGAAUGGUGCUCAUUGCCAGGCACCGUGGGAUGAAGACAGAAGAGAGGAACAAGUACCGCUUCAUAAAGAAGACUCCCGCGAACUCGAGUGGCAAAAACAAGACAAACAAACUCUAGUACUCAUUUGAGCAGAGGUAUUUGAGGAGAAACAAAAUUGGUGAAGUGAUCAAAACUGGGUGGGGUUAAUAAGAGAAAGCUUCAAGGAGGAAGUAAGUUCUGAGCUGAGUUUGAAGGAGGGGAAGAGGAAGUGUGUACUGUGGGGGAGGGUGGUUGGCCUUUGGGAAGGGUAAUACUGAUUGCAGGGUGGCCCUAGGAACUGUGCCGUGCUUGAAGAUCCAUACCUAGAGUUAAUGUUAUUUGGGUGUAUUUCCAAGGACAAAGGACAGUACUACUUAUGAAAAAUGAACAUGUUGUAUAGUAGAAAGGACAAGAACUUUGGGAGGAGCGUGUUUUGGAAUCAGACAGAUCUGAGUUCAAAUUGUGGCUCUGCCACUUGUAAGCUCUAAGCCAGGUGACCUCCUGGGUCUCACCUUCCUGAGCUAUCAGGUGUGGAAAUUAUUUCAUAAGGCUCUGGUGAGAAUAAACUCAGAUGAGAUAAUGUUUGCGAAGUAUGUAGUUCUGUACCUGGCAAAUAGGAAACCAGUUGCCGUCAAGCCGACUCUGACUCAUGACAACCCCAUGUGUGUCAGAGCAGAACUGUGCUACACAGGUUUUCAAUGGCUGAUUUUUCAGAAGAAGAUCGCCAGGCCUUUCUUCUGAGGUGCCUCUGGGUAGACUUGAAUCUCCAAACUUUUGGUAAGCAGCCAAGCAUGUUAACUGUUUGCACCACCCAGGGACUCCUACCUGGCAAACAGUUAACUUCUAAAUAAAUAGUGGCUAAUAUUAUUAAUUAUACAGGCAGUCCUCGGGUUAUGAACCAAUCCCCGUAAAGCCUAUUAUAUUAAAAAUUCGAGGCACACUCAAUGGUUAGUGAUAACAAAAGGGUACGACUUUGUGUGUUGGGCAUUAAAACAUUAUUAAUACUGUAUUAUCAUGUUUAAAAUGUUUCAGUGUAUCUGGAAGUGUUUCUGUAGUGUGUUUUAUGCAUAGAAAGGUGCACUAUAUACUAAGACAAAUAUUUGACUAACUGAUGUUAGAUACGAACAAUACCUAACCGUUCCGAUUUAUGUACAAAUUUGACUUAAAGACAGACUUAGGACAGAACUCAUUAAUAAUCGGGGGAAUGUCUGUACUUACGGAUUAGAAAAUGAGUGUCAUGGCAGACUGCUUGAAGCUCUUGAAAGGAAGGGGUUGGGAUGACUGGGUGCUGAUUCAGUGUGUCAGGCGGUUGCAACCUUUUAGUGUGGUGGUCAGUCAGGAUUCGGGUAGAGUUCAAACGGGGGGUCUGUAGUAGUGGUCGUGCACAGGACUGAUCUAUCACCUUCAAAAGCUGGCCUGCUGCACCCAGGAGCAUCAUAAGUGGAUCUGGGUAUAUCUGAUUGAGAAGGAAGUGCAUCAGGCCAGUGGUUGGUGGUUAAUUAACCCAGGUAAUUAACUCCCACUAUGGCCAGUUUUGGAGUCCCUGGGUGGUACAAACAAUUACAUGGCUCUGCUGCUAGCUAAAGGGUUAGAGGCCUGAGUCCACCCAGAGGCAGCUGAGGAGAAAGGCCUGGUGAGCUACUACGGAAAAAUCAGCCAUUGAAAACCCUAUGGAGCACAGUUCUACUCUGACACACGUGGGGUUCUCCUGAGUAGGAAUUGACGCCACAGCAACCGUUUCUUUCUUCUUUUUUUAAUGGAUGGUUUCAAGCUACCCGUGUGCUGUCCCUGAAGGAGAUGUCCAGGGUAGAAGCCCCCCAGCUGUCACGGUGCAAGCCCUCUCCAGCAGCCCUGCACAGAGCUGGCCACGCCCAUCUCAGCCAACUGGGCUCCUUCCUUCGCACCUGGCCUAGUUUUGCUUCUUGCUUGUUUAAGUAGAGAGGUAUGGAGCUGAAGGGGAGGGAAGGGCAGGCAUGCCUGCUCCCUCUGUCCUGUACUGGGCAGAAGUAAAGGUUCCCUCCCAAGACACACUUCCUCUCAGGGCACUUCCAUACUGACUAGCAAGUUCAUUUUCCCCACAAGCUGAAACAAAACAAAGAGAACUCUCUCAAGUGCGCCUUCAGCCCUUCAGCGGAGGGCCCUGUUUUAAAGGGAUCUGAGAGCGCAGCCCCGAAAGCCCUGACAUCUGGUCUGCCUCACACUCACUCUGGUGAGCUAAGGAGGCUCUGUCAGUGGUGAGCGACGACCAGUCCCUCUUUGACUCCACAUACGGAGCAGCGGCCCACCUGCCCAAGGCCGACAUGACCGCCUCAGGGAAUCCCGACUAUGGCCAGCCCCACAAGAUCAACCCUCUCCCGCCGCAGCAGGAGUGGAUUAACCAGCCAGUGCGGGUCAACGUCAAGAGGGAGUACGACCACAUGAAUGGGUCCAGGGAGUCUCCGGUGGACUGCAGUGUUAGCAAAUGCAGCAAGCUCGUUGGUGGAGGCGAGUCCAACCCCAUGAACUACAACACCUACAUGGAUGAGAAGAAUGGCCCCCCUCCUCCCAACAUGACCACCAACGAGCGGAGAGUCAUCGUCCCUGCAGACCCCACGCUCUGGACGCAGGAGCAUGUGCGGCAGUGGCUGGAGUGGGCCAUCAAGGAGUACGGCCUGAUGGAGAUCGACACCUCCUUCUUCCAGAACAUGGACGGCAAGGAACUGUGUAAAAUGAACAAAGAGGACUUCCUCCGCGCCACCUCCCUCUACAACACCGAAGUCCUGUUGUCACACCUCAGUUACCUCAGGGAAAGUUCACUGCUGGCCUAUAAUACAACCUCCCACACAGACCAGUCAUCACGGCUGAGUGUUAAAGAAGAUCCUUCUUAUGACUCAGUCAGGAGAGGAGGAUGGGGCAAUAACAUGAAUUCUGGCCUCAACAAAAGUCCUCCCCUUGGAGGAGCACAAACGAUGAGUAAGAAUACUGAGCAACGGCCCCAACCAGAUCCAUAUCAGAUCCUGGGCCCAACCAGCAGUCGCCUAGCCAAUCCUGGAAGCGGGCAGAUCCAGCUGUGGCAAUUCCUCCUUGAGCUGCUUUCUGAUAGUGCCAACGCCAGCUGUAUCACCUGGGAGGGCACCAACGGGGAGUUCAAAAUGACGGACCCCGAUGAGGUGGCCAGACGCUGGGGGGAGCGGAAGAGCAAGCCCAACAUGAAUUACGACAAGUUGAGCCGGGCCCUCCGAUAUUACUAUGACAAAAACAUUAUGACCAAAGUGCAUGGCAAAAGGUAUGCCUACAAAUUUGACUUCCACGGCAUCGCCCAGGCCCUGCAGCCACAUCCGACUGAGUCGUCCAUGUACAAGUACCCUUCUGACAUCCCCUACAUGCCUUCCUACCACACCCACCAACAGAAGGUGAACUUUGUCCCUCCCCACCCCUCCUCCAUGCCGGUCACUUCCUCCAGCUUCUUCGGAGCAGCGUCACAAUACUGGACCUCCCCCACUGGCGGGAUCUACCCCAACCCCAAUGUCCCCCGCCACCCUAACACCCACGUGCCCUCACACUUAGGCAGCUACUACUAGAAGCUUAAUCGUCGGUGGCCUUCUAGCCAAAGCCCUGGCUCUCCCGCUCCCAGGACACUUUGGACUCUAAGGACACACGCGGCCUUGAAGAGCAAACAAAACUGGAUGUUCUUUCUUGUUGGAUAGAACCUUUGUAUUUGUUCUUUAAAAACAAUUUUUUUUUAAUGUUGGUAACUUUUGCUUCCUCUACCUUCAACAAAGAGAUGGGUAAUUCCAUGGGCCAGUACUCCAAUUUGGAUUCUCAACCUCCUAUCAUCUUAUGAAUUAAACGUUUAGAUUACUGGAAUGGUUUUAUACAGUUCUGGGACAGAAACUGUAAAAUCUCUUUAUAUUUUUAUGACCAAAGCAGAUUCUUAACAACACACGGGUCUCAUCAUGGACCCUGUGGGGUUCGGUGUGGUAAAGAAUCAUGGGCUUAUCCAGUCAUGUUCUUGUUUGAGUGUUAGUGAAAACACAGGCAAGAAGCUUAUGAUCUUCUUUUAGGAGGACUUAAUUCAGUGGAUGGCAACUGGAACGUUGGCUGUAAGGCCAGUGAGAACUCAACUGGAAUUUAAAAGAAAGAACACGUGUGUGCAUUUAAGAAGCCAUGGGCAUUGCAAAAGCCUUCUUAAUGGUAAGAUGCACUAGGCUGACCAUUGUCUCUAGAAAUAGUCAAGAUAGAAAAUACAGAACUUUAAUGCUAAUACAGGCAUUACAGAAAGACAGAAUUAAAUAGCUAAUUUUUUUUUUUUUAAUAAUGACAGUGGGUCCCAGAACUUGGAAGAGUCUUAGGGAUUUCUAAAUACAAGCAGAUUCGCAAGCGCUGUGCGUUUGUCAGACCGUCAGUCCAGGGUCAACCAACCAGAAGGCAACUUACUGUAUAAAUUAUGCAGAGUUAUUUUGCUAUAUCUCACAGUAUUAAAAAUAAGUAAAUAAAAAAUUAAAAAGAAUAAAUAAACGAGUUGACCUCGGUCACAAAUACAAUUUUACUAUCAAAUCAGUCGUCGUUAUUUUUUUAAGUGUAAUUUGUACAUCUUUUGUCAAUCUGUACAUUUGGGCUGUUUGUAUGUUUUUAUAGCUGGUUUUUAAAAAGCAUAAUGUGACUGUUGUGAAAAACAGGAUGUUGUGGAGUCACCGACUUAGUAGAAAGAGAAGCACUGGCGCAGUUAUUUAACAGGAGUGCACAAGGAGGUAAAAGCAAUCCACUUAAAUCAGUAAUGCUUGGAAAUAUCUGUAAAUAACAGGACUGCAAUAAUCACAACUUGGAAAAAAGAAACCAAACUUUCCCUUGUGGAUACGAGGGACCUUCCUGCUCCAUAUACGCAAUAUAUUUUUUAGAUAUUAAAAUAUAUAUAAUUUUUCAGGUAAUCGUUGACUUUUUUAACUAUAUUAAGUGUUAAGCUGACAACUGUCAAUGAAGACUAUGUUGUAAAAUAAUUUGACUAAAUAAAUUGUGCCUUCUUCUCCCAGAAGUGAUGACACUGUUUUCUUAUUUACCCCGUUAUAUCAAAGAGGUUUCUCAGGGGAAAAUGUCUAUUUACCUCUUGCACCAUCAAGAAUUUUUCAAAUGUACACUGCAGUACAGCAAAAGGUACAAAACCAAUGUAUUUUGUUGUUGGUGGUGGUAUUGUUGAUGAAGAUGUUUUAGAAAUGUGUUAUUUAAGUCUUUCUCCAGCCUCAGAGAGUUAAUAAGAUGGCAGCCAAAGCCAGUAGUAAUCUGUGUCCAAGAACCAGAACGAAGAAACUUGUUUCAAAUUGCUUCACUGUUAAAUAGCUUGUUUUCAUUUCGUCUAUAUUAUAAUGCAAGGGAAUGAGAUCUGGAAGUUCCUUGAUGUUGCAAGGAAUUAGGUCCCUCCAGGGUAGUCUUAUCCAUUAAAUCUCACUCUGUUGCAUCCACUAAGCACUGAGAACCCAGGUGGCCAUCCUCCUGAUACUCAAAAAGAGAAUAAGAUUACCUGCUUCCUUCUGGUCCCAAGCUGGGAUUUUAUAACCCACGUGGAGUUUUACAGUCUUUUCUCUUCCAAGGAAGAGACUUGCUUCAAAUCGCUUCACUGUUAGAUAGCUUGUUUUCAUUUCUUCUAUAUUAUAAUGCAAGAGAAUGAGAUCUGGAAAGUCCUUGAUAUUGCAAGUAAUUAGACACACAGCCUUGAUAACCUUCCCUGGGUAGCACUGAGUACCUUCUAGACAACUUGUCUACCUAAAUGAAAUGGAAGUGUUCCAAAACAUUGGUCUCCAUUUUUUUUUAAAUCUUGCAUCUACCAUUAAAUUUGUUAAGCAUGUAUUCCCAAUAUAUGCACAUUGAUUUAUUUAUGAACCAUAUACACAAACUGUCACAUUAAUUUUAUAUUAUAAAGCUAACACAAAAGUAUUUUAAAGAAUGAUAUAAAAAUACAUUGAUCAAACAUGGGUACAAAUGCACAAAUAACAGAAGACAAAUUAGAAAACUGGAACCUCCUAAAAAUGAAAUACUUUUGCUCAUAAAAGAAUUUAUCAAAAGAGUAAACAGAGAACCUACAGACUGGGAAAAAAUCUUCAGGAACAAAAAAAUCUCAUAAGGGUCUAAUCUCUAAAAUCUAUAGAAAACUUCAACAACUCAACAACAUAAAGACAAUCCAGUUUGAAAAUGGGCAAAAGACAUGAACAGACACUUCACCAAAGAGGACCUUCAAGCAGCCAACAAACACAUGAAAAGAUGCUCAGGAUCAUUAACCAUUAAAGAGAUGCAAAUCAAAACUACAGUGAGAUACUAUCUCAAUCCUGCAAAAAUGGCACUGAUCAAAAAAAAAAAAAAACAGAAAACAACAAA